AUGGUCUACCACAAUCUGAAGGCCCUUAUCAAGGGUAUCCGAGCAUGCAAGACCGUGGCAGACGAACGCGCUCUGAUACAGCAAGAAUCUGCGGCAAUACGAGCUUCCUUUCGCGAAGAGGACUCGUUUGCGCGACAUAACAACAUCGCAAAGCUACUAUACAUCCACAUGCUCGGAUCGCCAGCCCAUUUCGGUCAAAUAGAAUGCCUGAAGCUUGUCGCUAGUCCAAGAUUCUCGGAUAAACGGCUGGGAUACCUGGGGAUUAUGCUGCUGCUGGAUGAGAAUCAAGAAACCCUUAUGCUGGUAACGAAUUCACUCAAAAAUGAUAUGAACCACUCUAACAUGUAUGCCGUCGGACUGGCACUGUGUACUUUUGCGAAUAUAGCAUCGGAGGAAAUGUCUCGGGAUCUGGUGAAUGAGAUCGAAAAGCUGCUGGGAUCGAGUAACGCGUAUAUCCGCAAGAAGUCUGCGCUCUGUGCACUGCGUGUCAUCAAGAAAGUCCCAGAGCUCACUGAUCACUUUGUCGAAAAAUCAAAGAACCUGCUCACCGAUCGCAACCAUGGCGUCCUGCUCACGGCUAUCACACUCAUCACAGAGAUGUGCCAAAUCUCCCCGUCUGUUCUGGAUGCAUUCCGAAACGCCGUUCCAUUGCUCGUGCGCAACUUGAAGUCUCUGGUAACGACGGGAUAUAGUCCAGAACACGACGUUUCGGGUAUCACCGAUCCAUUCCUCCAGGUCAAGAUUCUCCGUCUUCUGCGCAUGCUGGGCAGAGGCGACGAACGUGCCAGCGAGACGAUGAAUGAUAUCCUAGCUCAAGUAGCCACGAAUACAGACUCGACAAAGAACGUUGGGAACUCUAUACUCUACGAGACCGUGUUGACCGUUCUGGAGAUUGAGGCCGAUACUGGGUUGCGAGUCAUGGCGAUCAAUAUCCUUGGAAAGUUCUUAGGCAAUCGGGACAACAAUAUACGUUAUGUCGCACUUAAUACGCUAAACAAAGUGGUCUCGAUGGACACAAGCGCAGUACAACGACAUCGAAACAUCAUCCUCGACUGUCUCCGCGAUGGAGAUAUAUCUAUACGACGCCGUGCCCUGGAGUUGUCUUAUGCUUUGAUCAAUGAGCAAAACGUGCGGGUGCUGAUCCGGGAAUUGCUUGCCUUCCUCGAAGUCGCGGACGACGAGUUCAAGCUGGGCAUGACGACGCAGAUAUCGCUGGCGGCAGAGAAGUUCGCUCCUAACAAACGAUGGCAUAUCGACACUGUCUUGCGCGUCCUCAAACUUGCUGGCAAUUUUGUCCGCGAAGAGAUUUUGUCGGCUUUCAUUCGCUUAGUGGCACAUACUCCAGAGCUACAGGCUUACACGGCGUCAAAACUGUACACGGCUCUCCAAGCGGAUAUUUCGCAGGAGUCAUUGACAUUGGCCGCUACGUGGGUUAUUGGGGAAUAUAGCGACAUCCUGUUAGAAGGCGGUCUUGUCGAUGAAGACCACCCCAAGCAAAUCUCGGACAAAGACGUGGUUGACCUUAUUCUCUCGACCCUGGACUCUCCCUAUUCUAAUUAUCUCAUUCGCCAAUUCGCCCUCGCUUCUUUGACCAAGAUUUCCGCCAGGCAUACAGCCUCCCAACUUCAACAGGACCGCGUAGCAGAAUUGCUUGCUAAGUAUACUGCAAGUCCUGAGCUGGAACUCCAACAGCGAGCGGUGGAGUUUGCGAGUUUGUUCACACUGGGCCCCAUUCGCGAAGGUGUCUUGGAAAGAAUGCCACCGCCAGAGUUGAAGGCUACUGUAAUGGGCGUUGUGAGUGAGAACAAACCUGUUGGUUCCACGAAAGUCGGGAAAGAUGUCGAUCUAUUGGGCGAUGACACUUUAACGACGUCAGGACCAGCAGCAAAUGGUCAAGCCGCUGCCGCGGCUCAGAACAACCAAGACCUACUGGCCGAGAUCUUCGGUUCAUCGUCAACAUCUUCGGCCCCAAUGACAAGUACACCUACGCCGGCAUCGUCAAAGAGCACGGUGGAUGAUAUCCUUGGUUUGUUCGGCUCUACACCGGCUCCCUCUGCUCCUGCUCCUGCGCCAGCCGCGUCACUCUUCUCGCAGACAACUGCUGCUUCACCACCAUUGUCAAACAUAUCACAGGCCACGCCAAUUUCUGUUCCACCGCAGCCACCAGCGCCUCGGUUGACGGCUUAUACCGCAUACGAUAAGAAUGAACUUCAGAUAACACUGACUCCUCAGACGUCGGCGGCGAAACCGGGCAUGGUGAUGAUACUCGCGAAGUUCCAAGUGUCAGGUUCUAAUGUUGUUACGAAUAUGAAUUUCCAAGCUGCUGUUCCCAAAUCGCAACAACUCCAGAUGUUACCCAUGUCGAAUACGACUAUAAACCCAGGUGUUCUAGAAACGCAACAGAUGCGCGUAAUUGCGCCGGUAGGAAGCAACAUCAGGCUGCGCCUGCGUGUAUCAUUUACCAUCGCUGGUCAAGCUGUUCAAGACCAAAUCGAUUUCUCAGGAUUCCCUCCUGGGUUAACUAGUGGAACAUAA